AUGAUAUUUCAAGGAAUCGAGUUUUGUAAUAAUCCAGACCCGCCGUAUGAAAAACAGAAGAAGGUAGAUGUGCAUAUUGUGGCCGUGAAUAACAGUGACAACUUCUACUAUAACGCGAAUUUUAGUGUCUUUGAAAACUUAGCUGGAUACUCGUGGAGGUUCAAAAAUGGAUACGAGAAAGGUGGAAGGAUAAUUUACGAGAACGACUUCAAAGGACUGUCCUGCAGGAGUUUCCUCCCAAAAGUAAUCUACGGCAUCUCCUCAUUAAAAUUUAAUUCGAAGACCUGUGAAAUAUUUCCUGGAAAUUAUUCCUUCCAUAAGUUAGAGAAUGUCCUAAAACACUGCUCAGCGCAUAUGUUCGCGGAUGACCUCUGUGCCUUGCGAGCCGGUACUGACAUCGCUGAGACGUGCCGACUUGUUCAACAAGACGUGGACGCUGUAGUUAAGUGGUCUCAUGACAAUGGAAUAGUGCUAAAUUCAGAGAAAACACAAUACCUAAUUAUUCACUCACCUUACUCACCACUGAAGGAAACUCCUUUACCAAUAUACACUCACACGUUUGAUUGUAUUCAUAGAAACACGGUCAAUUGCAGCUGCAAACCUAUCCAGAGAGUAAAUUGUGUGACUUACCUAGGGGUUAAAGUUGACGAGCAUUUUUCCUGGAUUGAUCAUGUAAAUUACUUGUGCAAUAAACUUAGAACUAUAUUAAGUAAAUUUUACCACCUAAGUUAUAGAGUUCCUAGUAGUACAUUAAGAGUGUUGUAUAAAUGUAUGGUGGAGUCUGUGAUGGAUUAUGCUCUUGAUUGCUAUGGGCUUACGUUCAAGACCCACAUGGAAAAAUUAGAAAAACUACAAAUUAGGUUCCUUAAACUACUAGUAGAUAAAAAAACUAAAAAUAAAUAUAAAAAAGACUACUAUAAGUUAUUUAAAAUCUGUAAAGUAUUACCUAUCAGUCUCAAGCAUAAAUACAUUCUCGCAACUAAUAACCACAGCAAGCAUGAGCAUAAUUCACCACUGACAAUAGUAUGUAAUAAAAACAACACCCGAUCGAUGUCGUCUGGUAAAUACGAGGUACCAAGAGUUAAUAAUGUUUAUGGUGAUCGAUCAUUAAAAAAGCGUAUCCCGUACUUACUCAACCAUUUACCAAACGAAAUCCGGGAAGAGAAAAGUAAGAAUAGAUUUAAGUUUAAACUAAAAAAAUAUCUGUUUAGUACUUUACCUUAAUUACUGUUUCAACACAUAAUAUAUCUACACUACUACAUAACAAACUACAGUAAAUUUCUUAUCUAAUAAAUGUACUCGCAAUCUAGCUACCAGCUACCUAAACAUGUAAAUAAACGUAUGUAUAUAAAAUGCACGGAUACAUACAUAUUUAUAUAUAUAAUAUAUAAAUAAUAUACAUAUAUAUAUUACAUACACAUAUAUAUAUAUAUA